UGGCAGCAUCUCCCCAGCCUAGGCUGAGCGGCAGUCAGAUCUCACGGCCGGAGGCUGGGGGGAUGGACAUUGAUGGGGCCUCGGGCCCCAACCCCGCUGGUCCCGAAAGGCUUCUCUCCUGGCCGUGGUGGCUCCGGGGCCCUAUGCAGCCGAAGGCCACCAGUUGCUGGUUGAGAAGACGACGGAUUCACCGGCGGCCGAGUUCUCGCUGGUGGAGGACGUGGCCCUGCACUUCGCCUGCUUGAUGGGCCGCCUGAAUGAGCAGCGCCUUUUCCAGCCGGACCUGUGCGACGUGGACCUGGUGCUGGUGCCGCAGCGCAGCGUCUUCCCGGCGCACAAGGGCGUGCUGGCCGCCUACAGCCAGUUCUUCCACUCGCUCUUCACGCAGAACAAGCAGCUGCAGCGCGUCGAGCUGUCCCUGGAGGCGCUGGCGCCCGGCGGCCUCCAGCAGAUCCUCAACUUCAUCUACACGUCCAAGCUUCUGGUGAACGCGGCCAACGUGCACGAGGUGCUGAGCGCAGCCUCCCUGCUCCAGAUGGCCGACAUCGCCGCCUCCUGCCAGGAGCUGCUGGACGCCCGCUCCCUGGGGACCCCGGGGCCCGUGGCCCUGGCCCAGCCGACCGCCAGCUGUGCUCCAGCGCCGCCACCCUAUUACUGCGACAUCAAGCAGGAGGCCGACGCGCCGCCACCGCCCAAGAUCUACGCCCGCGAGGGCCCCGAUCCCUACUCGGUGCGCGUGGAGGACGGGGACGGGGCCACGGCGGACCCGGUGCCUGCCGCCCCCGGCCCAGCCCAGCCGCUCUUCAAGGAGGAGAAGGAAGGGGCGCUGGAGGAGGCUGGGGCCCCCGAAGGCCUGUGCAAGCUGGAAGGUGGGGAGGGGCUGGAGCCAGAGCUGAGCGCCUCAGCCACCUAUGGGCGCCAGGAGCAGUCGCAGAUCAUCGUGGAGGUGAACCUCAACAACCAGACUCUGCACGUGUCUACUGGACCCGAGGGCAAGCCGGCCACCAUGGUGCUGGGCCGGGAGGACAGGCUGCAGGGGCGCUCUGAGGAGGACGAGGAGGAUGAAGAGGAGGGAGGAGGGAGUGGAGUGGGGGAGGAGGAAGAGGAGGAGGAGGAGGAAGAGGGGGGCAGCCAGGGAGAGGAGGAGGAUGAGGAGGAGGAAGGGCCCAGCGAGCAGGAGGAGGAGGAAGGGCCCAGCGAGCAGGACGCAGAGAGCUCUGAAGAGGAGGUGGAAGGCACGCAGGGGGCCGGUGCGCACCAGGGCGGUGGGGCCGAGCCCCCUGCACACAACCGCAUGGCCACCCGGUCCCGGCGCCGGGCCACCCUAGAGCCCGAAGAGGUCACCGCGCGGCGAGGCGGGAAGAGACCCAAGGUCCCCGGAGGGGCCCCCUCAACCCCGGCCUCGGAUGGGUUGGGGGCCAAGGUGAAGCUGGAAGAGAAGCAACAGCACCCUUGCCAGAAGUGUCCGCGGGUUUUCAACAACCGCUGGUACCUGGAGAAGCACAUGAACGUGACCCACAGCCGCAUGCAGAUCUGUGACCAGUGCGGCAAGCGCUUCCUCCUGGAGAGUGAACUGCUGCUGCACCGCCAGACGGACUGCGAACGCAACAUCCAGUGUGUGACAUGUGGCAAGGCCUUCAAGAAGCUCUGGUCCCUCCAUGAGCACAACAAGAUCGUGCAUGGCUAUGCGGAGAAGAAGUUUUCAUGCGAGAUCUGUGAGAAGAAGUUCUACACCAUGGCCCACGUGCGCAAACACAUGGUUGCCCACACCAAGGACAUGCCCUUCACCUGUGAGACCUGCGGGAAGUCCUUCAAGCGCAGCAUGUCGCUCAAGGUGCACUCACUGCAGCACUCAGGGGAGAAGCCUUUCCACUGCGAGAACUGCAACGAGCGCUUUCAGUACAAGUACCAGCUGCGGUCCCACAUGAGCGUCCACAUCGGCCACAAGCAGUUCAUGUGCCAGUGGUGCGGCAAGGACUUCAACAUGAAGCAGUACUUCGACGAGCACAUGAAGACGCACACAGGGGAGAAGCCGUACAUCUGCGAGAUAUGCGGCAAGAGCUUCACCAGCCGGCCCAACAUGAAGCGUCACCGGCGCACGCACACCGGCGAGAAGCCGUACCCGUGCGACGUGUGCGGCCAGCGCUUCCGCUUCUCCAACAUGCUCAAGGCGCACAAGGAGAAGUGUUUCCGAGUCAGCCACCCGCUGCCCGGCGACCCCGCAGCCGUGCCCAGCCUGCCCACCGCGCACCUGCCACCACCGCCCCCGCUCUUCCCCACUGCAGCCCCCGGCGGCGGCGGCGGCGGCCCCAGGCUGGACGCCAACUGACCCUGGCACCUCCUCCGGCGACCCUGACUCUGGGGGUGCAGGCUGGCAGACUCCCUUCUGCAACUCCUUGAAGCCUUUACUCCUAACUUUUAGUGUUUUUUUUUUUUUUCUUUUUGGAAGUAAAGGAAAAGACAGGGACUGUUUGGGGGCACCCCCUCCAGGUGAGGGGUGCUGGAGGCAGAAGACACAGGACAGGAGGGAGCCCGGGCAGCAGGCAUGGGCUGUGAACCAGGCAGGGCCUGGGUUGGCCUUAGCCACUAGUUAGCCCCACCCCUUGUGCCCCUAACAUGCUCCCUCAUCUGUGAGGGUUUGAGGAGAAGUUGGGGUGCAGUCCUUCUGCAGGAGUUACAGACCCACGAGAGGGCUGUGGACACUGAGGCAUGGCUGGCCAAGGCUACCAUGAGUGGGGGGAUGGCCAGGUUUGAAGACUGUGGACCCCUCCUCUGCACAGUGUGGAGGAGUCCUGGUAGGUGGGGGCUGGUCCCCAAGGAUUUGCUUUUCCUAUUUACAGCCCUGCGGGGCAGGCCUUGGAGCCCCCAGCCCGUACCAGGCUUCAGAAGGGGCUCCAGAUUCUGGAGAGGGUGUCCCCAGAAGCAGCUGGGACUUAGGCUACAGCUCCCAGGGGCUGCAGGAGGAUGAGACCCCAGGUACAGCCCCCCAGGAGUCUGCGGCAAGUGGUUCAGGGUUACACGGUGCUAUAUCUGUGGGGCAGGGGACAGGGUACUGUACCCCAGAGCCUCCCUGGCUGCAUCUCCCCCACCAGGAGAUAUGUAUGUCUAUGUCCGUCUGUUCCAUAAAAAGGCCAGCACGAGGCCUCAUUUCCCCAGGCCCCGCCUCAGCCUGCCCCUGGCUGUGUCCUGGUCCUUCUGGGUAUCUGCAUGGGGCCAGGGUGGCACUCCUUUGCCAGUGAGAGGAGCCUUGCCUAUUCAGGCCCUGAUAGAGGUGGGGAGCCCAGUUAGUGCCCAAUGCAGGCCCCCAGGAGUCAGACACUACUAAUAGGGUCACCCUUUUCUGUUGUCAUUUAACGUCCUUAUUCCUGCCUUUAAAAUGGGGCAGGAGGGUUCAUAAGCUACGUUUCCCAAAACCCCUCCUGUUUAUAGCUUCUGUUACACUCUGCACCUUAUCUCCCCUCCCCCCACACCACCUUCCCAGCAUGGCCAGACUGGGAAGAGGCCUGUGCCAGAGGGACAUUGGACCCCUCUGACCUCCUUGGAGGCCCAUGGCCCUGGGACAGAGGGCUGGGGACAUUUUAAUCAUCAAUAAACGAAGCACUUUAUUCUGUA